AGGAUCAGUUUUAGUUAAGCAGACAGAUCGAGGCCGAGGCAGAGAAUACAUCUUCCUAACAGCUUUAUCGCGGAGUUAAGUUAAUAGAAGACUCAAAAGAAUUCUUGUCAUCAUGAACGGUUUCAGAAACAGAAGACUUGUUCUCCUGGGGAAGAGUGGAUUUGGAAAGAGUGCCGCUGGAAACACAAUACUGGGACAGGAAGUGUUUAAAUCUGAGAUGAGCAGUAGUUCAGUGACCCGUGAAUGUUCAGAGAAUCACGGCAAUGUUUCAGGCAGAAAUGUGUCUGUAGUUGAUACACCUGGAUUAUUUGAUACAGUCAUGAAUCAUGAAGAUUUAGUGACAGAGAUCGCGAGAAGUGUUUAUUUAUCCAGUCCUGGACCGCACGCUUUUAUCAUCGUGUUUCCUGUGAAUAUGAGAUUCACUGAACAUGAAGAACAGAUUCUUCCUAUGAUUGAAACACUGUUUGGAGAGGAAGUGUUGAAAUACUCCAUCAUUCUCUUCACUCAUGGAGAUCUGUUGAGAGGACGGCGUAUUGAUGAACUCAUUAAUAAAAACAGUAAAUUAAGAUCUCUAGUUGAUCAGUGUGGAGGCAGAUAUCAUGUGUUUAAUAACAAUCAUCUGAAUAACAGAGAUCAGGUGACUGAACUACUGCAGAAGAUUGACACAAUGAUACAGCAGAAUGGAGGAGGACAUUACACUAAUCAGAUGUAUCAAGAUGCUCAGAGAUUUAAACAAGAAUCAAACGGUGGAUUCCUCCCAUUUCUUCUUAAGAUUUGGGAUAAUAUUUAUGUGAAAAUGGCUGCAGCUGGAUUAGUAGUUGGUGGAGUAGUUGGUGGAACUGUUACUGGAACUGUUCAGGGAGCUGCUGUUGGAGCUGCUACUGGGAGCAUUGGAGGUGUUGUUAUUGCUGGUGCUGUUGUUCAAUUAAUGAUUUAUGCAGCUUUUCUUCGUCGAUAUCUACACCGUUCCAAACAAAAUCAGAAGUGGGAAUAACGAAACUGAAAUUUCCCUCCUCAAUGCAUUGCAGUCACACAUCACAUGUACACCUGUCAAAUCCACACCCUGCAUUCCAAAAUUAUAGGAGUCAGCCUCCGUAGGGCACUUAAAAGGGAGAAAAAUCAUGCCAUAAGAUCACUUCUAACUUAAUUUCCAAUAUAAAUUAUAAAAAGUGAAUUACAAUUGACUGUUAUUUGGGAGCUCCACAUUUUUUAUAGGACUUUGAAUGAAAUAAGGACUUUGAAUGGAAUAGGGCAUAGAGAUGAUCAUUUCUGAAUGGAACGCACCCUGUCUUUAAGUCUUUAAGAUGCUAUAUAUCUUGCUAUCUAGUAACUAUUUCAUAAGCAAAAUAAGUAAAAGUGUAGGCAUUGAUUCAGGCACAAACAAGUUAUUAAUAUCAUCUUUCUUAAUAUUUCAUGUUCAUUCUGAAGGGUUGGGUUCACCCAGGUCUUUUCGGCCUGUUGAUUAGUUAGUAUUUACCUG